AUGCUGCUGUCCCUGGUGCUCCACACGUACUCGAUGCGCUACCUGCUGCCGGGCAUGGUGCUCCUGGGCAUGGCGCCCACCUACGUGCUGGCCAGGGGGGUCUGGCGGCUGCUGUCCGCCUUCCUGCCCGCGCGUUUCUACCAGGCGGUGGACGACCGACUCUACUGCAUCUACCAGAGCAUGGUGCUCUUGUUCUUUGAGAACUACACCGGGGUCCAGAUAUUCCUAUAUGGAGAUUUUCCAAAAAAUAAAGAAAAAUAUUUAGCAAAUCAUCAAAGCACAGUUGACUGGAUUAUUGCUGAUAUGUUGGCCUCGAGGCAGGAUGCUCUGGGAUAUGUGCGCUAUGUGCUGAAAGAUGGAUUAAAAUGGCUUCCUUUGUAUGGGUGUUAUUUUUCUCAGCAUGGAGGAAUCUAUGUAAAGCGAAGUGCCAAAUUUAAUGAAAGAGAAAUGAGAAACAAGCUGCAGAGCUACGUGAACGCAGGAACUCCUAUGUAUCUUGUGAUUUUCCCAGAAGGUACAAGGUAUAAUCCAGGACAAACAAAAGUCCUUUCAACUAGUCAGGCAUUUGCAGCUCAACAAGACCUUGCAGUAUUAAAAUAUGUGCUGACACUACGAAUAAAGGCAACUUAUGUUGCUUUUGAUGCUAUGAAGAAUUACUUAGAUGCAAUUUAUGAUGUUACAGUGAUUUAUGAAGGGAAAGAUGAUAGAGGGCGAAAAGAGCCCCCCUCCAUGACUGAAUUUCUCUGCAAAGAAUGUCCAAAAGUUCAUAUUCACAUUGAUCGUAUAGACAAAAAGGACGUCCCAGAAAAGCAAGAAUAUAUGAGAAGAUGGCUUCAUGAACGUUUUGAAAUAAAAGAUAAGAUGCUUAUAGAAUUCUACGAUUCACCAGAUCCAGAAAGAAGAAACAAGUUACCUGGGGAAAGUGUUAAUUCCAAAUUAAGUAUCAAGAAGACUUUACCAUCAGUAUUGAUCUUAAGUGGUUUGAUUGCGGGCAUGCUCAUGACUGAGACUGGCAGGAAGCUGUACGUGAACACGUGGAUGUACGGCACCUUGCUGGGCUGCCUGUGGGUCACUGUCAAGGCAUAGGCAGGGCGCUGUCUCCAAGGAGUGCUGUGCUGCACAUUAUAUCAGAUUGUUUCCUGGAAGU